AUGAAGACCGCUACUCUCUUCCUCUCGGUUCUGACCGCCACCGCUGUCGCAGCUCGAUCUCUGUUCUCUCCAAACCAAAAUGCUCUUGUGGACGAACCCAAGUUCGAGGUGCCUGGAAAGAACCCACUAAACUUCUGCGCAGACCCCGCCGAAUACAUCCUCGACAUUGACUAUGUUGAUCUCUCGCCCAAUCCACCUAUUCCAGGUGAAAAACUGACCAUUACCGCCAACGGUACAUUUGCGAAGAACAUCGAGCCAGGCGCGACCGUCUUCCUCCAGGUCAAAUAUGGAUUGAUUACCCUCAUCAAGCAAGAAGCGGAUCUCUGUGAUAACCUUCCCCAAGUGGAUAUUACUUGCCCAUUGGAGAAGGGUGUCUUGACUUUGAAGAAGGAAGUCGAUAUCCCCAAACAAGUGCCCCCGGGCAAAUACACCGUCCUUGCCGAUGUCAACACUGUGGAUAAGGAGAAGAUUACAUGCAUGGAAAGCACGGUUUUCUUCUCAAGGCAAUGA